AUGCGCUUCCUCUCCGCCCUCCCGUUCGUCGCCUUGCUCACAGGUUCUGUUCUGGCUAUUGACCCUCCAACCGGCAGCAAGCCCUCCGAAGAGCCUUAUGCCAUGAACACCAAUGUUAAGGUGACCUUCCCAGACAAUGACUCACCUCUAGGGAUCACUGUCGUCAAUGGCAAAGUCGCCCGUAUCAAUGUCGAAAUUACCAACCAAGAGGCCUACCCAAUAACGGUUCAGGCGGUGGGCGGUCAGCUCCGAAAGCACGACCGUUCAGUAAUCCUUCGCAACUUGACGGUCUCCAAGCAAGGAACUGAGAUUCCUGCCUCGGGUACCACGAACGUUCCGUACUCGUUUGUGCCAAAUAUGCACGCUCAGGAUGUUGUCUUGGAGCUCGGUGUUCUGUUUUCGGUUGAGAAACACGGAAAGGCUGUGCAGUAUACUGCUUUCAAUAGCACUAUCUCUGUUGCAGAACCACCAACUAGCUUGUUGGAUCCUCAGAUCCUCUUCCUCUACGUCUUCAUCCUCGGCCUCGUCUCUGCUGGUGGAUACGUCGCCUACCAAACCUGGGUUGUCCCCAUGCUCCCCAAGCCAAAGCGUGUUCGCCCAGUCGUCCCAGUCGAAGCGAAGACCACUUCUACAGAUGUUAAGACCGGAUUCGACGAGAGCUGGAUCCCAGAACAUCACUUGAAGCGACCAGCCGCCCAGAAGGUCCGAAGCGGUGGCACUCCAAAGCCAAAGGCAAAGUAA